CCUAGAUGGGUAGAAGCAUAUGUAGGGCAAUCUCCAUGAGUGAGUCAUAGUCUCAUAGGUUCAGGACUGGUUUAUUGCUAUCUCUUUGACCUCUGGAUAAAUUCCCAGACCCUAUACCCAGAAAGACAGUAGAAGGGUCUAGUAGCUGGAAACUAUGAACAAAGGAGAGAGCUACAGCCACAAAAAAAACAAAACAAAACAAAACAAAAAGUUUUCAUCCUGGGGAGCAGAGGAGUACUACUCCCUCUUCCGGUCCCACCUCACCCCAGGAAAUGGCUCUUACCAUGGUGACCACAUCCCCCUGUUGCCAUAGAAACACCUGGGAGGAAGAGGGUGGCAGGGAGAGCUGGGUCACAGUUUCCUAACUGCCUGCCCCAAAUGGGCCCUGUUUAUGCCUAUCUGGGGACUCCACCCCACUGGAUGCCCUGCGAGCAUGCAUCGAAGUAAUCAUUCCUCCAUUCCUCAAAUCGGGUGAUAACAGAGGCCAGCGGAGUAUCUGAAGAAUUCAAGAUGUCUGGACCUCUGGAACAGCUUCCUGGGCAGAUGGAGGACCCAGUCAUGCCCCAACCCUCCCAGUGGCCCCCUAUCCUGUGUGGACCCUGCAUUCCUAUCAUGUUGGCCCUGGCCUUGCUGGCUGCUAUCUUCCUCCUGGCCACCGCAGUCCUGGCUGAACGCCUGUUCCGCCGUUCUCUCAGAUCAGAUCCUGGUGUCCAGAGACCUAGCCUGGUCUGGCGUCCAGGUGGGGAGCUGUGGAUUGAGCCUGUGGGGACACCCCAUGAACGAUCUGAAGACUGGUAUGGUGCAAUAGCCCCUCUUCUGCACGCCCAGGUUACUGAAACCCCUAUUCCUAGGGGAACUUUAGAGGCACAAGCUACAGCACCUAUUCCAGAUUCUCCUCCCUGUCCCUCAGUUCUACCCUGGGCCCCUGAGUCUCCUGGUAGCACAUUCUGGAUGGCAAAUCCUUGGGAAGAAAGGCCACGGACUACUGGUCUAGUAGGUUGGUGUGAGCCACAGCCAGGGCCAGAACCCUUAACUUCGCCAUUUUAUGGCAGCCACAGGCCAGGGAGCCCUGAGCCUGAAUGGGGCCUACAACCACGGGUAACUCUGGAGCAGAUCUCAGCUUUCUGGAGAAGAGAGAACAGGGCCAGUGGAGGACCCUGA